ACUGGGAGACAAGCUGAGGACUGCCAACAGCUCCGCUCUGCCCAGUAGACGUCAAGUCAAGCCAAGAGCAUCUCGGAAACGUCUCCAAGAAGGUGCAGAAGGCUGGAUGUGCCAAGACUGGACUUAUUGCCCUGUUUUGGUUGAACACGCCAUGGAAGCCUGUUGAGUCCCUUGAUUUCCUGGGGCAGGCAUCCGCUCGCCCGGAAUCAGCGCGCCAUUUCCAACCAGGCAAGACGGUGGUCCCGAUCCUGUGUCUGAGUCAACCACUGGUUGUUUGGUGGCCGAAGUGGGGCUUCCCCAAAAAUAUUUCUAAGAAGGAAAAAAAAGAAGUUAAAAACUCAAAGAAAGUGAUUCUCGGAUUUAAGUUAAAAAUCAAAAUACUCCUUUUUAUUUUUAUUUUUUCCCUCCCCUCUCCUGGAUUUUGGAAUGCUGGGCUCCGUCAAAAUGGAAUCGCACGAACUUCCAGAGUGGACUUCAUACUAUAGUGAAUCCACGGAGGUGUUUCCUUCGGUGAGCACGAUGACGUCAAGCUUGGGACCGAUGAACUCUAUAAACUCCUACGUGACCUUGAACCCUUUGACUUCCCCCAGCUCCAUGAACAUGAGUUACCCAAACAGCAGCUUGAGUAGCCCUUCUCUUACUGGACUAACCAACGCCAGCAGUCCCAUGGGCCUCCCCUCAGUGACUUCACCCGUCAGUCCGGUGCUGACUCCGUUGGGCGCUCAAGCCCCCACUCUCAAUUCUCUGUCACCUUAUCAAAAUGUCGGCCAGUCCAUGGCCCCUCUGGGCUACUCACCGUCCAGCAUGAACAGGCCUAAGGAGAUCAGCAAGUCGUACCGCCGCACGCUGACCCACGCCAAGCCACCUUACUCUUACAUCUCUCUCAUCACGAUGGCGAUUCAGCAGGCCCCAAGCAAGAUGCUGACCCUCAAUGAGAUCUACCAAUGGAUCAUGGACCUCUUCCCCUACUAUCGCGAAAACCAGCAACGCUGGCAGAACUCCAUCCGCCACUCCCUCUCCUUCAAUGAUUGCUUUGUCAAGGUGGCCCGUUCCCCGGACAAGCCGGGCAAAGGUUCCUACUGGGCCCUCCAUCCAAACUCUGGCAACAUGUUUGAAAACGGCUGCUAUCUGAGGCGCCAGAAGCGUUUCAAAAUCGAGGACAAGGCCAAGAAGCCCAACACGAAGGCUUCCAACACACAAGAGCAGGCUUCCAAGAUUCAAGAAGGGCUUCAGGAAGGCCAGAGCCCCAACACAGGCUCAGAAGGAGCGGAGUCUGGACACUCGGACACGUCCCACGGCUCGGAGGAGCAGCAAAGAAAUUUGGUCCAACUUGAUUGUUCCGGUGGCCAAGGCUCGUCCCCAGCUUCGGAGGCCUCGCCAGCCCCCAUCUCUCAGUCCAUGAAUAGCCACUAUUUUGCCACCUCCAUCACUAACUUGGAUCUCCCGAGUGACCUCAAAAUGGACCCUCAGUUCAACUUCAACCACCCCUUCUCCAUCACCAACUUGAUGUCCACUGAACAGAGUCACAAGAUCGACUUGAAGUCCUACGAGCAGGCGAUGGCCUACAGCGGAUACAACUCUCCCCACUCGGUGGAAAGCAAGCAUGCCUACGAGACGUCCACUUCGCUCAGCGAGACCGGCUCCUACUACCAGAGCUUGUACAGCCGCUCCUUGCUCAAUGCUUCGUAAGGUUGUGGCCUUGUCGGGACUGCAAAGAAAACAUGAAGAAAAGAAGCAGGGAGGUUAGAGAAAUAAGGUUCGGGCCUCGCCCUGAAACAACCUCCAGCAAGACCAUCAACAAAGACGUCCUCUGGCUUGGCCAACCGUUCACAGCAAGGCCAGAAGGAAGAAGGAAGCAGCUGCUCAGAGGACACUAACAGACCACAUGCUUUCAACGCCGCCAUUUGCUUGCGGUGGUCAACAGUUCCUUCCAUGAUCUUCAUUUCAAAAGUCCAUAAAGAGCAAGAAGCCUGUGCCUUCCUUCUCUCCACCAACGGCCAGCUGGUUAAGACUGGUGUUCACAGAUUCAUCUCCACUUUGGCACAGUUUAUUGUCCGUUAUUGUCCUGGCGUGCUCUGGUCCAUGGGGUCACCAAGAGUCGGACACGACUAAACGACUAGACGACGAUUGUUCAUUUGGGUUCUCAAGGGCCAAUCCCGCCAUCUUGAAAAUGAUGGACUCCGGCCCGAAUUUGACAGUUACUCAAGAUGCUUGGUUACCUCCCGAUGUGAAGGUGUCUCUGCAUGUAUAUGUGGUGUGUGUGGGGGGAAGGGGACAUAGUUAUGGAAAUUUUCUGCAAAUCGAAGCAAGCUGAGGACUAUCGCCUUAGGAUUGGACAGUUGACUUUUCUGUCACAAUACUGAUGUUACAAGUUGACGGUUGGACUUGUAUCUUGGGAUUCUCAAACCCACUUUUUUAGGUCAGAAUCAUUCUUGCCAGACUUUAUUGUUACACAGAGAUUAAAUAUAUAUAUACACCUACAGGGGUUUGGUUACCCUGAAGACAAUGUAGGCUUCAGCCUGAAGAGGAGCAAAGAGACUAUCAUCCUAAAGGGGUUUAUCUUCCUUCCUUCCUUCCUUCCUUCCUUCCUUCCUUCCUUCCUUCCUUCCUUCCUUCCUUCCUUCCUUCCGUCCUUCCUUCCUUCCUUUCUCUCCUAAAAAGUGGCUAUAUAUUUAAAUAUUUGUGCUUUCUGUUGGGAAAAAGGGUUACGAGCUGAUUUAAUAUAUCAUACUUUAGAGGCAAUUCAGGACAGCAAUUUUGGUUCUCUUUCCUUGUUUUUGUCAAGAACAAUAAUUAAAACAAAUGUUAUUCUG